AGAUGACAUCGUUCAUCGGAGGAAACUCUUGUGCAGCUGGCGUACCGAGGGAUCAGAUCGCCUCGUUGUUCGUGGGGGAUCUUCAUCCAGAAGUGUCCGAGUUCAUCCUCCAUCAGACGUUCAGCCCGUUCGGUCCGAUCCAGUCCGUGCGGGUCUGCAGAGACAGGGUGACUUGGCGAUCCCUGCGGUAUGGUUAUGUUAACUUUGUUAACCUCGCCAAUGGUAAGUUAUCUCUCCAUUCUUCACCUUAACGUCUUGCUAAUAAACAUUUUGAAUUUGUAAUUUACAGUCCUGUGUCUUUUUCUCUCUGAUGUUUCUUUUCCCUGUAAAUCAUCUUUAAAUUAAGCUAUAUGAAGUGUGCCAUAUAAAUAAAAUUGCUACGUCUUGUCUCUUAUCAACUCUGUCUUUCAGCUGAGAGUGCCAUGGACGCCCUGAUGUGUCAGGAUCUUCUGGGCAGACCCAUGCGAAUCAUGUUCUCCCAGCGUGAUUCCACUCUGAGGACGACUGGGGUCGGGAACAUCUUCAUCAAGGGUCUGGCCAGCAGCAUCGAUGGUGCCAGCCUUCAUGACAGCUUCUCACAUUUUGGGAAGAUCCUGUCCUGCAAGGUGGUCUGUGAUGCAAAUGGAUCCAAAGGUUAUGGAUUCGUCCACUUUGCCACCUUUGAAGCGGCAGAGAAGGCCAUCAAAGCUCUUGAUGGCAUGUUGUUGGACGACCAGCUAGUGUCCAUUGGCCACUUUAAAACCUUUGAGGAGCGUCACGUUGAGCCGAAGGUCAUGGCCCAGGACAAUGAGAGGCACUACCCGGGGGUGAGUCUGUACGUGUGUAAUCUGCCCUACAGCUUCAGUGAGCAGCAGCUGUACAGAGCGUUCUCACCCUUUGGAAGCAUCAUCAGUGCCAAGUUGAUGAUGGAGGCCGGACGCAGCAGAGGGUUUGGAUUUGUCAGCUUCUCCACCCUCGAAGAUGAGACUACUGCUGCGUCGGUCAUGAACGGGCGUAUGGUUGCCGGCAGGGCGUUGCGGGUCUCUCUGUCUCACCACAAUGAGCGGAAGACCCAGACUGAGAAGCAGGACAGCAGCAGUGAAUCACUUCCUGCUGGGCAGUUCACCUCUGUUGUUCCUCAAGUUCAAAAACGCCUUGACGUUCACCCUGCAAACAAGCUGGCGCUCCAGCCCAUCAGUCGACAGACAGCAGCGGGCAUCCUCUCUCAGNAAAUCCAGAGACACGACACUCAUCCAAGCCAUCAAAGAUGA